AUGAAUUUAAACACGAUUUGUAAUAAAAAUUCAAGCAUCGAAGAAACAGUCACAAGCUCUCCUCCUUCUUUGCCGUCAUCUCAAAGAAAAUUAUUACCAGCAAUAAACACAAUGGCAACAUCUCUAAAUAAUACCAACAGCACCCACUCAGCUGCUGCUACUACUACUACUUCCGACGCUUCUAACUCUUUACAAAAAACAACAACGGUUACAGCUUCUACAAACAAAUUAAUUAAUCAUCAUCAAGAAGAAUGUCUUCCCUCUCCACCAAAAAAAUUUGACAUGAAGAAUUUUAAAAACCCACAUAUUAACAUAUUAUGA